AAAAUUAACCAAAUGCAAUGUUCAACAUACAAACACACACACAUACGGAAAGAUUUAAAAAUAAAAAUUCAUGAAUAAUGAUCUUCAACCCAUAAUAAUGUUGGGAACAGUUGUUUGAAAUAAUGAAUUUUUUUUUUGUUUCAAUUGUGGCAAUUCUUUGGAAUAAUUACGCAAAUUUCACAUGAAAAUGAGUUGAAAGAUUAAAGAUUUCAAUAGAAUUUGAAUUUUCGUUCAUAUACUUUCUUAAUGAAACGUUUAUUUUGUCGAUCGAAAUGUCUGAAAAACACAACUUUAGUUUUUGUUUUCCAAUUUAAUCACCAUGAUGAUGAUUAUUUUUAAAAAUUUAAAAUCGAACACAGACAGAAUUUGCUCAUAUGAGCUUGUGUCACGUUGUUUGUUAAUGGCGUUUGGUUUUAAUGAUCAUCAUUUUUUUUAAGAAUUUUUUUGUUUUCGUCAAUGAAUUUUUGUUUUUUUGAAACAAAAAAAAAAAUGGAUAAGAAAAAAUAUCGUCUGGGAAUCGGUGGAAUUGAACGAAAAAUCCAUGAUCAACAUGAAGAGACAAAUCGAAAUAUUGAUGGUGCAUUUCAAGAUCUUGAAAAUUUAAUGUCAUUCUUAGAAGAAAUGGUAAAAUUGUCCAACAGUAUCAAAGAAAAAUUGAAAGAAAAAGGCAAUGAAAUAUCAUCGGAUGAAACGGUCCUUUUCAAAUCAUAUCUAUUAAGCCUAGGUGUUGAUGACGAUAUUGAAGAUCCUGUGAAAAGAAGUAAAUAUCGUAGUGAUAAUAAAUACUAUCAAAAUUUGGGUAGACAAAUUGCUAAAAUCAUUAUGCCAUUAGCCAAAUCAAAAGGUGGUCAGAUUGCAUUGCCCGAAGUAUAUUGUUCUUAUAAUCGUGCACGUGGAUUUUCUCUCAUUUCACCUGAAGAUCUAUACAAUGGUUGCAUGACAUUGGAGAAACAAAAUCUCGGUAUGAAAGUGGUAAAAUAUCCUAGUGGAUUAAUCACCCUACAAUGUGAUGAUUUUGAUCAGAAUUAUAUAAACAAUCAAAUAAUUGAUUUAUUCGACAAGCUAGAAUAUCUAACACCACAAGAUUUUGCCAUCAAAGUGGACAUUUCUGUUGCAUUAGCAAGGCAACGUUUAAUUGAAUCCGAAAAAUUUGGUAUUGUUUGUCGUGAUGAAAGCACACAAGGAUUAAGAUUUUAUCCAAAUAGAUUUGCCGAUUGAAUUAAUGGUGAUGA